AUGGCCAUGUACACUAAAAGUUCAUCCCUUCUAAGUAUUCUUCUAAGCACCAAAUUAUCCUACAACAAUACAAGGUUAACCUACUCAAAUUACAAGAAAUACAAGCAAAGUAUAUGCUUCAUAAAUGAUUUUUAUAAAAAUUCUUUACACACAAGUACCUCUUUACAGAAAAGAAGAAAAACUGCUGAAGAACGAAAAUCGACAAGAAUUUUGGAAUUCUCCCCAAAAGCAAAGGGAGAACUUAUUGGAGUUUGGAAAGACAUUACGAUAAGGGAGUUAGCUACAACUUUAAAUAGAGAUAUAAACUAUGUAAAGGAUCUCUUUCUAAAUGUAAUUAAGGACCCAGAUAUGCCUAUAAGUGAUAUAAAAGUAAUACAACAAGCUAUUAAAAGAAGUGGGAAUAGAAUUAACAUUAUAGGAAAGCCUAAGGAUGAGGUUAAAGAAAUCCUAAAAAGUGACAUUCACCCUAGGCCUCCCCCCACUAAAGACAUGCUGAAACCACGCCCCCCUGUUGUUACUGUAAUGGGGCACGUUGAUCAUGGCAAAACAACCCUAUUGGAUGCUUUGAGGCAUUCCAGUGUGGUCGAUCAAGAAUUUGGGGGAAUUACACAACAUAUAGGCGCCUUUUCGGUGGUGCUCGACUCGGGUGCCAAAAUUACAUUUUUAGACACGCCAGGGCAUGCGGCGUUCAGCGCCAUGAGGGCCAGGGGGGCCAAUUUAACUGAUAUUGUUGUUUUGGUAGUUGCUGCUGAUGAUGGAGUUAUGGAACAAACUGUUGAGUCUGUGAGGAUGGCAAGACAAGCCAAAGUUCCUAUUCUUGUUGCCAUAAACAAAAUUGAUUCCCCAAAGGCAGACAUCGAAAGAACAGAACAAAUGCUUGUUGAAAUUGGAAUACAAGUAGAAAAGUUAGGGGGGGACGUUCAGGCAAUUCCAGUUUCUGCUUUAAAAAAGAAAAAUUUAGCACAACUUACAGAAGCUCUGGUUUUGCAAGCAGAUCUUUUGGAAAUAGGGGCUGACUCCACAGGUCCUGUGGAGGCUGUAGUAGUAGAAAGUAAGAUGCACCCACAUAGAGGAAAAUUAAGUACCAUGGUUAUACAGAGAGGGACACUCAUGAAGGGGGAUAUUUUGAUUGCUGGACAAUGUAUGGCAAAAGUGCGUACACUUCGUGAUGCCGACGGGAAAAUUGUUGAAAAAGUCGGACCAGGCGAACCUAUAGAAAUAGAGGGUUGGAAAUCACUGCCAUCUGCUGGAGAGCAGGUCCUUCAGGUUGAAAGUGAACGUAAAGCCAGAGAAGUAAUUAAAGUAAGAGAAACUCUUAAGAAUAUGGAAAAACAGGAAGAUGAAGUUAAAAUUAUUGAACAAAAAAGAGACCAGCAUGAAAGGGAAUACCAGGAGAAAUUGGAGACAAAGAGGAAAAUGGGCAGGUACAAGAUCAGGAGAGAGGGGCCUAGGUUACCAGAAUUCAGAGAUGAUGAUGACGGUAGUCCAUACUUACACCUUAUUGUCAAAGGGGACGUGGAUGGGACCCUUGAGGCACUCCUGGACACCUUAGACACAUAUGAAUCGGAGGAGUGCAAAAUGGAGCUAAUACAAUACGGAGUAGGUGCCGUAACCCAAAAUGACAUAGAACUUGCAGACACAUUUAAAAGUAUCAUCUACGCCUUUAACGUCGAAUUACCGGCAAACUUGAAAACGAUGGCUGAAGAUCUCAAAGUCGACAUACGGCAUUUUAACGUGAUCUACAAGUUGAUUGACGAUGUAAGAAACGAAAUAAACGGCAGGUUGCCAACGAAGGAAGUAGAAGAGAUUUUAGGUGAAGCCACUGUUUUGCAACAAUUCGAAAUCAACCAGGGUAAGAAAAAAGUUCCAGUGGCGGGCUGCAGGUGCGUCAAAGGUAAUUUAAAAAGAGCUGCCAUGUACAAGCUUGUUAGAAAUGGGGAAGUUGUGCACACGGGUAAUUUAUCGUCCAUGAGGCAUUUAAAAGACGAAGUGGACACCAUUAAAACAAACACUGAAUGUGGUCUUCAAUUAUUUGAUAAAGAUGUUACGUUUCAAUCCGGAGACACCCUCAUAUGCUUCCAAAUGAAAAACGAAGCCCAGAAAACUGACUGGGACCCAGGAUUUUAG